AUGGCAGCGAAAACCACCGAAAGACCGGGUACGAAAAAACGCGAAUGACUGACCUGAAAUACAAUAGGAGAUAUACGAACAGGCGUCCGCAUGCAAACUCCCAUCCCCAAAACGACACCAAAAGUUCCGAACGGGAGCGCCAAAACGGGCACAGGACCCUGGAGAGAGGGCAGAGAGAAGUAGAAAACGGGGGGAAUACAAGUACCACUAAAGGGAAAAAACAGAUUAAGCCACAGAAUAAGGAGAAAAAAGGAGACAAAGGGGGAUACACCGCCCCAAGUGCAGGUAGGGAAGCGAAACCCCCAGCUAGUCUGGGACCCCAAGCACAGAAGCAACAAACACACAAGAAACAUGUAAAAUAA